AUGCCUACCCGCGCCGACAUCACCUACUUCGGCGCCGGCCCCGCGCUGCUGCCCACCGACGUCCUCGAGACGGCCGCCCAGGCACUGGUCGACUACAACGGCACCGGCCUUGGCAUCGCCGAGCACUCCCACCGCAGCGAGAUUGCGACCAAGGUCCUCGAGGAGGCCAAGGCCGACCUGACGACCUACCUCGACAUCCCCUCCGACUACGAGAUCCUAUUCAUGCAGGCCGGCGGCAGCGGCGAGUUCUCCGCGACGGUCUACAACUUCGUCGGCGCCUGGGUCGCUCGCCAGCGCGACGCCGUUCUCAAGCGCCUGGGCGCCACCGAGGACACCGAUGAAGUCGUCGCCGAGCUGCGCAAGAUCGUCGACGAGAAGCUUAAGCUCGACUACCUCGUCACCGGCGGCUGGUCGCAGAAGGCCAGCGCUGAGGCCGCGAGACUGCUCGGUCCCGAGUUCGUCAACGUCGCCGCCGACGCGCGCAAGGUCAACGACGGCAAGUUCGGCAAGAUCCCCGACGAGAAGGACUGGAAGCUCAGCAAGGGCGCCGCCAUGGUGUACUACUGCGACAACGAGACCGUCGACGGCGUUGAGUUCCCCGGUUUCCCUGCCUCGCUCGCCCCCAAGGACAACGGCGAGGGCCCGAUCGUCGUGGCCGACAUGUCCUCCAACAUCCUCUCCCGCAGAGUCCCCGUCAAGAACUACAGCGCCAUCUUCUUCGGCGCGCAGAAGAACCUCGGCCUCACGGGUGUGACCGUCGUCGUCAUCAAGAAGAGCCUCCUCGCUGCGCAGCCCUCGCCCGCGCUGAUGCGCAAACUCGGCCUCCCCAUCAGCCCCAUCGUUCUCUCCUACGAGACGAUUGCCAAGAACAACUCGCUGUACAACACCUUGAGCAUCUUUGAUGUCUACGUUGCCGGACAGGUUCUCAAGAAGCUGCUCCGCACUUUCCCUAACAAGGUCGACGGCCAGCAGGCCGUUGCCGACAAGAAGGCCUCGCUGAUCUACGCCGCCCUCGAGGCGCACCCUAAUGUCUACCGCAUCGUCCCGGACAAGUCUGUCCGCUCGCGGAUGAACAUCUGCUUCCGCGUCACCAAGGGUGGGGACGUCGACGCUACCGAGAAGUCCUUCCUCAAGGAGGCCACAGCUCAGGGCCUGACUGGUCUCAAGGGCCACCGCAGCGUCGGCGGUAUCCGCGCCAGCAACUACAACUCCAUUCCCCUGGAGGGAGCGGAGAAGCUUGCUGCUUUCAUCCAGUCCUUUGCCAAGGCUUAA